GAGCUGCCGAAGGCACGGAGAUGGUGCUGGCGGCCGACGCCAUCUCAGCGGGAGAUCGCGCCAUCAUGCCGUGGAAGGGUGGCUACGUCUUCCUGGGGCGGCUCACGCGCCCUGAGGUGUAUCGUUUUACAUGCGAUGAUAUUCAGGUUCAGCCUGUGCUGUUCGACGCUGGCGGGUCAAGGCGCGUCGGCGUCGGCGAAGGCGCGCAGGGGCAGGGCGACGCCUUGCCCGCCGGCGGCCUCGACCUGCAGGGCCCGCGCGCGCUCUGCAGGCGCGUCGCGGAGAACGGCCCGCCCCCCCAAGCGGCGCGCGAGGCCCGGCGUCGCAAGGCCAGGCUGCGCGAGGGAGGCCGGGCCAUCCGCGAGCACUUCGUCCUGUCGCAGGCGCUCGCUGCCGCGGUCUGCCACGAUCAGCUCAACGUGCCAGCGCCGAAGUGCAUGGGGCUUGUCAGCAGGGGGCCCCGGCUCAUCAAGUCAGCCCGCGCGCAGUCGGCCCCUGCCCCCGACUUCUCGGGGGCCGACCGCUUCAUGGGGUGGGGGCCCGCCGCGGCCUCUGCCUCCGCGGCGCCCGAUCUGGCGGCGCACGCGGCCGCGAAGUUCAGGGGCGAGGCUGCCAUCUUCAAGAGGUCUCGGAAGGCCGCCGAGGAGCGGCGCACCGAGCAGGGCACGCGAGGCCGGGUCUCGACGCCAGCUGCGGGGGCUUCGCCUCCGUGGCUGAUGGAUGUCAUCUAUGAUUCUGGCAGAGGCGUAAUCGACGGCUGCGCCACCGCGGCGCUCCGCUCGAUUGUCGAGAUGGGAUCCAUCAUGGACCAGCCGGCAUCUAUUAAGCCCUACAUGGACGCGGGGUUCAAACGGGAUCGGUCUCUGCAUUGCCAGUGCGUCCGCGACCUGUUCGAGUCCAACCUCGUGGAUUUUGGGGCGGAGGCGAUCGAGGCCGCGCAUCCCUUCUUCGUGCGCAAGAAAUCUUGGAAGCAGCGGCUGGCGCGGGACCGCCGCGAAGCCAACGUGCGAUGGCGCAGUCCGCCCAAGAUCCGCAUGGCGAGCGGCUCCGCCUUCGCCGGCCCCCAGAUCCCCCUUGAGCUGCAGGGGCGCGGCAUGUGGGGCGCUGAAUCCGACAUCGCAGACUACUUCUUCUGGCUAGCUAUGCCUCUUGAGCUGCGCCCGUUCUUUGCCCUGCCGCCCGUGCCCG